AUGAAACGUGGAACACUGAUACUUGAAGAUGGUUCUGAAUUUAGUGGUUACGUAUUCGGAGCAGAAACCAACACUACUGGAGAAGUUGUCUUUCAAACUGGUAUGGUUGGCUAUACGGAAUCAUUAACAGAUCCAUCGUAUUGUGGUGAAAUCCUUGUUCUUACAUUCCCAUUGAUUGGCAAUUAUGGCGUGCCGGAUGAAAAAGCUAUGGAUGAAUUUGGUUUAUUGAAAUGGGUUGAAUCGAGAAAAAUUUUUGCGUCUGCAUUAAUUGUUAGUGCUCAUACUGAACAGUAUAGUCAUUGGAAUGCUGUGGAAUCUUUAUCAUCAUGGCUCAAGAAACACAACGUUCCUGGUCUUUAUGGAAUUGAUACGCGUAUGUUAACGAAGAAACUUCGUGAACAUGGAACAAUGCUUGGCAAAGUUGUUAUGGAAGGAACAGAUCCGAAUUCCAUUGCAUUUGAAGAUCAAAAUAAAGCUAAUCUUAUGACACAAGUCUCCAUCUCAAAACCACAUGUAUACAAUCCAGCGGGCAAACUAUCGAUUGCUUGUAUCGACUGCGGUCUGAAAAACAAUCAAUUACGUAUUUUGUGUCAGUUAGGUGCUAAAGUAACUGUAUUUCCUUGGAAUCAUCCGGUCAAACAGGAUGAAUUCGAUGGUUUGUUUUUGAGUAAUGGUCCUGGUGAUCCUCAAAGUCAAUGUCCAGAAACAAUUCAAACAAUUACAUCAUGGCUACAAAGUAAAACGGUUAAGCCGAUUUUUGGCAUUUGUCUUGGUCAUCAGUUAAUGGCAUUGGCUGCAGGAAUGAAAACUGCUAAAUUGAAAUACGGUAAUCGAGGUCAUAAUCAACCGUGUUUAUUGGAAGGAACUGAACGUUGUUUCAUAACUUCACAAAAUCAUGGUUUUGCUGUACAAACAGAUCAAGGUUUACCAGCAGACUGGAGUGUAUUGUUCACAAAUCAAAAUGAUCAAUCGAAUGAAGGAAUAGUACACAACUCCAAACCAUUCUUCAGUGUUCAAUUUCAUCCUGAACAUUGCGCUGGGCCACGUGAUACUGAAAAUCUCUUUCAGAUUUUUCUUGAUGUUGUUCAAUCAUUCAAAACCAAUAAUUCAGUCAAUGUAAAAUCAUAUUUACUUGAACAGUUAACUCGACGUUGCAGUGAUGCAAAUGCGCCACCACCAGCAUUCUGUAGUCGUGUACGAAAAGUUCUUAUUCUUGGUAGUGGAGGUUUAACUAUUGGCCAAGCCGGUGAAUUUGAUUACUCAGGAACACAGGCAAUCAAGGCUAUGAAUGAGGCGAAUAUCUACACUGUUCUGAUAAAUCCCAACAUAGCUACCGUCCAGACAUCGAAAGGUCUUGCAAACAAAGUCUUCUUUUUACCAAUUACACCUGCUUACGUGGAACAAGUGAUUCGGAACGAACGUCCCGAUGGUAUUCUACUGAGCUUUGGAGGACAAACCGCACUAAAUUGCGGAGUUCAACUACAUGAAUCAGGCAUUUUAAAAAAAUAUGCAUGUAAUGUAUUAGGAACACCAAUAAAGUCAAUUCAAAUCACGGAAGAUCGAUCUUUAUUUGCUCAAAAAAUGGCUGAUAUCGGAGAGAAGGUUGCUCCAUGCGAAGCUGUUAACUCUCUUGAAGAAGCAUUAGCAUCUGCUGAACGACUUGGUUAUCCAGUGCUUGUUCGUGCUGCCUUUGCUCUUGGUGGUCUUGGAUCGGGAUUUGCUGAUAAUCGUGAAGAGUUAGUUCCAUUGGUAACUUCGGCAUUGGCUCAUUCAUCUCAGCUGUUGAUUGAUAAAUCACUCAAAGGUUGGAAAGAAGUUGAAUACGAAGUAGUUCGCGAUCAAUAUGAUAAUUGUAUUGUGGUUUGUAAUAUGGAAAAUAUUGAUCCAUUAGGAAUACAUACAGGUGAAUCGAUCGUUGUUGCACCAAGUCAGACAUUAUCGAAUGAUGAAUACAAUUUAUUACGAAGUGUGUCGAUUAAAGUUGUUCGACAUCUGGGCAUUGUCGGUGAAUGCAAUGUUCAAUAUGCACUGAACCCAUCCCGCAGUGAAUAUUAUAUCAUUGAAGUAAAUGCACGGCUAUCGCGUUCAUCUGCAUUGGCGUCGAAAGCAACUGGAUAUCCGUUAGCUUAUAUAGCUGCUAAACUUGGAUUAGGAAUGAGUUUAGUGCAAUUGAGAAAUAGUAUUACAAAUGAAACAUGUGCAUGUUUUGAACCGAGUCUUGAUUAUGUAACUAUCAAAGUUCCCAGAUGGGAUUUGAGAAAAUUUAUUCGUUGUUCAAAUAAGAUUGGUAGUUCAAUGAAAAGUGUCGGCGAAGUUAUGUCAAUCGGUCGAUCAUUUGAAGAAGCUUUUCAAAAAGCAUUGCGAAUGGUUGAUGAAGAUGUAACUGGUUUUGAUCCAUAUUCUCGAACAAUUACAGAUGAUGAAUUGAGUUCUCCAACAGAUAAACGAGUUUUUAUUUUGGCCACAGCUCUUCGUCAAGGUUAUUCAAUAGAACGUCUAUUCGAAUUGACAAAAAUCGACCGAUGGUUCUUACAUAAAUUUGCCAACAUCAUUCAAUUUAUUAUCGAUCAUUCGGAUUCAUCAAUAAUUCAAGAUCAAUCGCUUUUGCUCGAAGCAAAACGUUUAGGAUUUUCUGACAAACAAAUUGGAAUAUACUGUGGUAGUACAGAACUCGAAGUUCGAGCAUCCCGGGAACGAUUUCAAAUUCGACCAUUUAUCAAACAAAUCGAUACUGUUUCCGGUGAAUGGCCGGCACAAACCAACUACCUCUACCUAACUUACCAUGCGAGUAGUGAUGAUGUAGAGCCCAGUAACAACGAAGCUACCCCGAUUCUAGUCCUUGGAUCAGGUGUUUAUCGAAUAGGAAGCAGUGUCGAAUUUGAUUGGUGUGCAGUUGGUUGUUUAAAAGAAUUGAGACGCCUUGGUUAUUAUACUUUAAUGUUAAAUUGUAACCCAGAAACAGUCAGUACGGAUUAUGAUAUGAGUGAUCGAUUGUUUUUCGAAGAAAUUUCCUUCGAAUCUGUUCUCGACGUUUAUAACUUCGAAAAACCACAUGGUAUUAUACUUUCGAUGGGUGGACAAUUACCAAAUAAUAUCGCUAUGGAUUUACACCGGCAAAGUCAUGUGAAUGUUCUUGGUACACUUCCGGAAAGUAUCGAUACAGCAGAAAACCGUUUCAAAUUUUCUCGUCUACUCGAUGAGAUGAACAUUCGUCAACCAAAAUGGAAAGAAUUAUCGAAUUUUAACAGUGCUAGUGCAUUCUGCGAUUCAGUUGGUUAUCCAUGUCUUGUUCGGCCAUCGUAUGUUUUAUCUGGCGCUGCAAUGCGGAUUGUUUUCAAUGCUAAAGACUUAAAAGCCUAUUUGAGUGAACAUGGCCUUUCCAAAGAAUAUCCAGUUGUCAUUUCGAAAUUUAUUCUCGAUGCAAAAGAAUUAGAUAUCGAUGCCGUGGCAUCCAAUGGUGAAGUUGUUCGCAUGGCAAUUUCUGAGCAUGUGGAAAAUGCUGGUGUUCAUUCCGGUGAUGCAACUUUAGUAACACCACCGCAGGAUCUCAAUGAAGAUACCAUUGAAAAGAUUCGUGGAGUUUGUUUUUCAGUUGCUAAAGCAUUGCAAAUCUCCGGGCCAUUCAAUUUACAAUUGAUUGCCAAAGAUAAUGAAUUGAAAGUAAUUGAAUGCAACGUUCGUGUAUCACGGUCAUUUCCAUUCAUUUCCAAAACAUUCGAUCAUGAUUUCAUUGCUGUUGCAACACAAAUUCUAGUUGGUCUCGAACCAGAACCAAUUGAUAAUGUUCUGUUUCUUGAAUCUGAACGUGUCGGUGUUAAAGUUCCACAAUUUUCAUUUUCACGUCUAUCUGGUGCUGAUGUUUUACUUGGUGUUGAAAUGAUGUCUACGGGUGAAGUUGCUUGUUUCGGCGUUGAUCGCUUUGAUGCUUACCUAAAAGCAUUAAUCAGUACUGGUUAUCGUAUACCAAAGAAAAACAUUCUCCUAUCCAUUGGCUCAUAUAAAGCUAAACAAGAACUAUUACAAGCCAUUCUUACUUUGAAGCAACUUGGUUAUGAAUUAUAUGCUAGUAUUGGUACAGCUGAUUUUUAUGAAGCGAAUGGUAUUGAAGUUCACCCAAUUGAUUGGAAAUAUGAGCAAACCGAAGUCAAUUCGAAUGGAUUAGAAAAUGGUAACGGUCAACUUGACUCACCAACAGCAGAAAAUAAUCCGCAAACGUCAAUUGCUGAUUAUCUUGCUAAUGGUGCAUUCGAUCUGGUUAUUAACAUUCCAAUGCGUUCAGCCGGUUUAUUUCGUGCAUCUUCAUUCGUUACUCAAGGAUAUCGAUGUCGUCGCUUAGCUACUGAUUACAGUGUACCAUUGAUGACUGAUGUGAAAUGCGUGAAACUAUUUGUAGAAGCACUACGUCGCUCCAGUCGACAUGAAACAGGCAUUGAUAUGUGUAUUGAUUGUAUUUCAACAACUACAUUGAUUCGCCUACCUGGAUUGAUUGAUUGCCAUGUUCAUUUACGAGAACCUGGUGAUGAGCAUAAGGAAGACAUUGUUAGCGGUACAGCUUCCGCAUUGGCUGGCGGUAUAACAAUGGUUUUAGCAAUGCCAAAUACUAAACCUGCAGUAACAAAUGCAUCAGUAUUGGAGAUGACUGAAAAACUCUACGAAAAGAAAGCUCUAUGUGAUUACGGUCUAUACUUGGGCGCAAGUGUUGACAACGCUGCAGCUGUUGCCAAUAUAGCAUAUCGUUCCAUUGGAUUAAAGAUGUACUUAAACACAACGUUUGGCGAUUUAAAGUUAGACAGUAUGGAAGCAUGGAUGAAACAUUUCCAAACAUGGCCACAGAACAUUCCAAUUGUUGCUCACGCCGAAGGUCAAACCGUUGCCAGUGUCUUAUGUUUAGCUGAAAUCUAUUCUCGUAGCGUUCAUAUUGCACACGUAGCUCGUCGCGAUGAGAUUCUUCUAAUUCGCGCAGCCAAAGCCAAAGGUUUACCAGUUACUUGCGAAGUAACACCACAUCAUCUAUUCCUUCAUCAUGCUAAUACAAAAUAUAUUCUAAAAGCAUACGAUAAUAACGAAGGCUUCUGUCAUGUUAAACCCGAAUUACAAACAGUUGAUGAUUGCCAAGCUCUCUGGGAUAAUAUGGAUAUUAUUGAUUGUAUUGCAACGGAUCAUGCACCACAUACACGAGAAGAAAAGGCCAAGAAAGAUAAUCCACCUCCGGGCUUCCCAGGUUUACAAACAGUUUUACCAUUGAUGUUAACUGCUGUGAAUGAUGGUAAAUUAACAAUUGAACAAUUGAUUGAAAAGAUGUAUACGAAUCCGAAACGAAUAUUUAAUUUACCUGAUCAAGGCAAUGAUACAUUUGUGGAAGUUGACAUGGAACGAAAAUGGAUUAUUGAUGAACAGAGUUUAUUGUCAAAAUCCGGUUGGACACCAUUCAUUGGUAUGCAGAUGCGAGGUGCCGUUCAUCGUGUUGUACUUCGCGGUGAAGUUGUUUUUGUUGAUGGACAAGUACUAGCUGAACAGGGAUCAGGAAAAAAUCUGACGAGUUUACGUGGUGAAAAGAAUCAAAUAAAACGAGUUAAAACACCACAAAACUUACCAUUGGAUGUCAAACGAUCUCCAAUUCACGCAUCACAAGCACGACAACGAUAUAUUAGCGAACCCAGUGCGCCAGAAAAAUCAGAACCGAUACCACGAUUUGGUGCUGGUCUUGCCAAACAACAUUUGCUCAGUGUUUUACAAAUCAAUCGUGCACAAUGUCGAGAAAUCUUUACACUGGCACAUCAAUAUCGUAAUUGUCAUUUACACCAUCGUCAAAUCGAACCAGUCUUAACUGGUAAAAUAUUAUCGCAUAUGUUUUUUGAACCUUCAACACGUACACAGUGUUCGUUCACCGGUGCUAUGCUACGUCUUGGCGGCAAAGUCAUUCCAUUUGAUAGUCAUCUGUCUUCGGUUCAAAAGGGAGAAUCACUUGAAGAUUCGGUGCGAAUGUUAAUGAGUUAUGCUGAUGUGAUUGUUAUUCGUCACCCAGAAGUAGGUGCUGUUCAACGAGCAGCAAGUAUUUCACGUGUUCCAGUGAUUAAUGCCGGUGAUGGUAUUGGUGAACAUCCGACACAGGCUUUAUUGGAUGUUUUCACUAUUCGAGAAGAGAUCGGUACAUUCAAUGGUUUAACUAUUACAAUGGUCGGAGAUCUAAAACAUGGCCGAACAGUACAUUCUCUUGCUAAAUUGCUAACCAUGUACAGUGAUAAAUCGAUUUCACUUCAUUAUGUUUGUCCACCUUCGUUGGCAAUGCCAACCGAUGUUACUGAUUGUGUUGCGGCAGCAGGCAUUUCACAAAAAACGCACAAGACUUUAGAAGAAAUUUUACCGGAUACCGAUGUUCUUUACAUGACGCGUAUCCAAAAAGAACGGUUCAGUUCCGACGAAGAAUAUAAAAAAGCUUGUGGUCUCUAUAAAAUCACACCUCAAUUGAUGCGCAACGCGAAGAAACAUGGCAAAAUGAUUGUUAUGCAUCCGCUACCGCGCCUUGAUGAAAUCAGUACUGCAUUUGACAGUGAUCCUCGAGCUGCGUACUUCCGCCAAGCUGAGAAUGGUCUCUAUAUUCGCAUGGCCUUGUUAACAAUUAUACUUUCCAAAUGA